CUAACGCCAACUACACCGCACCGCCGAUCGCGUUUUACGUCCGUCACGGUUGGUUUUCGUUAUUUUUUCUGUUCCAUUUCCUUCUCUCGUCCGCCCGAUCAUUGUAGCCCGUCAGUUACUGGUUUCGUAACAGGCCGCCGCGCGUUCAGUCUGUCAAUUUUUUAUCACCAUCCGCGGAACGUGUCUCUCGCCGCUGUUUAGUCGCAGUCACCGUCGCUCGCUCAUUCCGCACUCUUACUCACUCACUCACUCUACACACACACAUACUAACUCGCACGCACCGUUCUCGCCCGGUUGCAUUUAUCUAUUUUCCACGCGCCCGCGAGUCCGUACCAAGUCGGCCGUGCCGUACACGUCUCCGCGUCAACCGACCGUCUGUGUCACUCUCGUUUUGAUUUUCGUCGUUGGUCGCAUUACGUUCCCGGCACAACCAUGAGCAGCUUGGCGGAGACAAAUCCGAUUUACGGGCCAUUUUUCGGCGUAAUGGGCGCGGCAUCAGCCAUCAUUUUCAGCGCUCUUGGCGCUGCAUAUGGUACAGCAAAAUCUGGAACUGGUAUUGCUGCCAUGUCAGUAAUGAGGCCAGAACUUAUUAUGAAAUCCAUCAUUCCCGUUGUCAUGGCUGGUAUUAUUGCUAUCUAUGGUCUUGUAGUAGCUGUCCUAAUAGCAGGUGCUCUGGAAGAGCCCUCUAAAUACUCCUUGUUCAAGGGAUUCAUCCAUCUUGGUGCUGGCCUUUCUGUAGGCUUCAGUGGUUUGGCUGCUGGUUUUGCAAUAGGUAUUGUUGGCGAUGCUGGUGUCAGAGGCACAGCCCAACAGCCCAGAUUAUUCGUAGGAAUGAUCUUGAUCCUAAUUUUUGCAGAAGUAUUAGGAUUGUACGGACUGAUUGUUGCAAUUUACCUAUACACUAAAUAAACAAUUUUCCCUCUGAAUAAAUAUAAAAACAAAACAAACUUUUUUUUUUUUGUAACAAAAAAAAAAAACAAACAAACCAUGAACACCCAUACGAUGCCCAGUUAUUGUCGUUAAUACAAACAAUAUACUAUCAUAUUAUUAUAAACAUUUUAGUUGAAAGAAAUCAAAUAUUUGUGCCCUUAUGCCACUCAUCUGAAUAGUUAGGUGUAUUCUUCUUUCCCCCAGCUUUCUAAAUCAUAUUUCCGUUCACGUAGCAAAAUAAGUAAUAAUAAUUUUAAAACUAUUUUAAAUACAUAUAUUUAAAUUAAAUAAAAUGAUGGCCAUCUCAUGUAUCAAACGUUAUA